GGAUGAAACCCUAAUAAUCAAAAUUGGAUGAGGUUUACUUCUUAGCUCACAUAGCAUAUCAGUGCUCUAAAACCCCUCGAAGCUCAACCGGCCAAGCGAAAACCAGAGAAUCCAUGGAGUUUCCCCUCCGCAAUUGAGCAAUUCCCUCCAUACCAGAGAAGCAGAAUCAUCGUUCGUUUUCCUUCGCAUUCCCUAGCUCGAACACAGUGGAACAAAAACUAUGAAAUGCCUCGUCCCUCUCAUUUCCCUUCACUUCCCGCCAAACGCCGUAGUCUCUCACUCUUCUUCCUCUUCCCCGCCUCAAUUGUCCAUCGUUAAGCCGUCGCUCAGGUAUCAAUUGAGCUCCAAAAAUGGCCGCCGAGCUCGUGUGUUCAGAAACAAAACCGGAAUUAGUGCAGCUGCCGAGUCUACAUCGGUUUCUACGUCGGCCAACUCAGUGGAAGAAGAGGAGGAAGCGGUUCAGGUGUUCGAGAGGUUGAGGGAGGCGGAGAGGGAGAGGAUAAAUGAGCUGGAGGAAUUGGAGAGGAAAUCGAAUUUGCAGCUGGAAAGGCAGCUAGUCAUGGCUUCCGAAUGGAGCAGGACGUUGCUGACGAUGCGAGGGAAGUUGAGAGGGACGGAAUGGGAUCCGGAGAACUCUCACAAGAUCGAGUUCAGCGAGUUCUUGAGGCUUCUCAAUUCGAACAAUGUUCAGUUCAUGGAGUACUCCAAUUAUGGCCAGACUGUUUCAGUUAUUCUUCCAUAUUAUAAAGAUGAUAAAAAUGAAGCGGGAAAACGGGACCCAAAGAAGAUCGUAUAUAGGCGUCAUGUGGUAGAUCGCAUGCCAAUUGACUGUUGGAAUGAUGUUUGGCAGAAAUUGCACCAGCAGAUUGUAAAUAUUGAUGUACUUAACGUGAACACAGUUCACGCAGAGGUCUACUCUAGUGUUGCAACUGCUGUCAUCUGGUCCAUGCGGCUUGCUCUUUCAAUUGCAGUAUAUGUUUGGGUUGAUAAUUGGGCUAGACCAAUUUAUGCAAAGUUAAUACCUUGUGACUUGGGAAAGCCACCCACAACGACGAGGCAGCCACUCAAACGCCGGGCGCUUGGUUCACUAGGCAAGAGUAGGGCAAAGUUUAUAUCAGCUGAAGAAACUACAGGCAUUACUUUCGAUGAUUUUGCUGGGCAGGAAUACAUUAAGAGAGAACUGCAAGAGAUAGUACGGAUUCUGAAAAAUGAUGAAGAAUUUCAAGAUAAGGGUAUAUAUUGUCCAAAAGGUGUCCUUCUCCACGGUCCUCCUGGUACUGGUAAAACACUGCUUGCAAAAGCUAUUGCUGGUGAAGCAGGCCUACCUUUCUUUGCUGCCAAUGGUACCGAUUUUGUGGAGAUGUUUGUAGGUGUGGCAGCAUCCCGUGUCAAGGAUCUCUUUGCCAGUGCCCGAUCAUUCGCUCCUUCCAUAAUCUUUAUUGAUGAGAUUGAUGCUAUUGGCAGCAAGCGUGGUGGCCCUGAUAUUGGAGGGGGUGGUGCAGAGAGGGAACAAGGCCUGCUUCAGAUACUGACAGAAAUGGAUGGAUUUAAGGAAUUUACAUCACAGGUGUUAGUUAUUGGUGCAACAAAUAGGCUUGACAUACUUGAUCCUGCUCUACUGAGAAAAGGUCGCUUUGAUAAGAUCAUAAGAGUUGGUUUGCCAUCAAAAGAUGGUAGAUUAGCUAUACUUAAGGUGCAUGCAAGAAACAAAUUCUUCAAAUCAGAGGCAGAAAAGGACACUCUCCUACAGGAGAUUGCAGAACUCGCGGAAGCUUUUACAGGGGCAGAGCUUCAGAAUAUACUGAAUGAAGCUGGGAUUUUGACUGCUAGGAAAGAUAAAGACUAUAUCGGACGCGAAGAACUAAUUGAGGCUCUGAAAAGGCAAAUGGGUACAUUUGAAACUGGCCAAGAAGACAGUACUGAAGUUCCUGAAGAAUUAAGAUUAAGAUUAGCUUACCGUGAAGCAGCUGUUGCAGUACUUGCAUGCUUCUUCCCUAAUCCCUAUCGUCCUUUCACAGAGACACAUAUAAAUUCUAUCCGUGACCGGCCAAAUAUGCAAUAUGAAGAAACUGCUGGCAGGGUGUUUGCCAAAAAAGCUGAUUAUAUCAAUGAUAUAGUGCGUGCAUGUGCACCUAGGGUAAUCGAGGAGGAAAUGUUUGGUGUAAACAACCUUUGUUGGAUCUCUGCAAAGGCUUCAUUAGAUGCUUCAAGGCGUGCUGAACAUUUGAUUCUCCAGACUGGAAUGACAGCGUUUGGGAAAGCGUACUACAGAAAUCAUAGUGAUCUUGUGCCCAACCUUGCAGCCAAACUUGAAGCACUUCGUGACGAGUACAUGCGUUAUGCUUACGAUAUGUGUUAUUCUGUGCUGAGAGAAUACCAUUCAGCUGUGGAGACCAUUACAGAUAUUUUACUUGAGAAAGGAGAGAUGAAAGCUGCUGAAAUCUGGAACGUGUACAAAAGUGCUCCAAGAAUCCCUCAGCCUAAGGUGAAUCCCAUUGAUGAACACGGAGCCCUCAUUUACGCUGGCCGAUGGGGGCUUCACGGCAUCAGUCUUCCUGGUAGGGUCACAUUUGCCCCAGGCAAUGUCGGGUUUGCAACAUUUGGCGCUCCCCGGCCCACUGAGACCCAAGUCAUCAGUGAUGAAACAUGGAAGCUAAUGGAUCAUAUUUGGGAUGAAAGAGUUGAGGAAAUAAAAUCCGAAGCUUCGGAGGAGGUUGAAGAAGAGAAAGAGAAACCACAACUUUUGAUGGCCAGUCAUUUCCUCUGAUGGGCAGAUGAUUGCCUGGUCUGCAUGGUUCGUAUUUUAGCUUUUGUCUUUUGCAAUUAUUUGACAAUUCUAGGAUAAACAUGCUAGGAUCUAGAACAGUCAAAUGGUUCGCACAUUUCUAUCUAGGAUAAGAUUCUGUUUUCACCAGGUCAUCGAGUCCUAGACUCUGUCAACAGUUGAAUACCAGUUUGGUUAUCAAACUCGCCUAUUAGUAUCAUACUGAGCACUGAGCUCGGUACUGCGAUAGCUAAAGCACCAAACUUGAUCUAAUAAGUCACCACUAGCAUUUUUGGUUCCUCCAUCAGAUGCUUAUGCUGCUGAUAUUGCUCAAGUUGGCAUACGAUGGACGCCACAUGAGCAAUGGAACAGCAAGAGUGACAUAAAUGACGAAGGAAACAAUUAGGAUAGUCUGGUGCUUUAAUUCUCUAAUUACUGAGUUAGUGUAUGGCUGUUGUGCAUCUAGGCGAGUUCGGUGAUCAAACAGUAAUCUUCUAGAAAAUAGUUUUGAGAAGAACAGAAG